GUCAGGUUGUUCAAAUUAUCCUUGAAAUGCAAGACCUCAAUCUUUUACAACAUUUGAAGAUGGUAUUAGACAUUCAGGGAAAUUUAAUUGAUCGCUACCAAAACAAAAUUGAUAUAAACGAAGCUGAAAAAAUCACUCUAAAAAAAGCUGUAGAAGAUGAAUAUGUUUCAGUGGAAUGUGCACAGAAUAUAUCAAUUUAUGGAACACGGUAUUUCCUCAAGUUCAAUCAGAUCUUAAAAGUGAAUGGUUGGAAAAUAUUUCCCUUGAAAGUCCAAUAUCAGUUGCUCUGCCCAGUACAAGAGGACGUGGAAAAUGUGCAAAAUUCCUAUCCGAGCAUUUGAUAUAUCUUCACAAUACUUUCCUAAUCAGAUGCAAAAGGGCAAUGCAUCUAUGUAAUGAAAUCACUGCAAUUGAUGUCCCACAGCUGCUUCCAUCACACUUUGUUAAGAUUAAUCCAGAAAAGGAUUUUCUUACUCUGAUUGAACUGCAUUCAUCAUAUAAUAUUGAAGUUGAUGAAACUGGAUGUCGUCAUCAUAUUAUUUCUUAUAACAUAAGUGCUCUAGAAAAACAGGCUCAAGAAUUAUUUUGCAUGUACAAGAAAAUGAUAAAUGUUGAGACUUUACCCUGCAUGAAAUAUCCACAAGAUAUUGGAAUUGGACAAGACUGGCAAGCUGUUGUUAGGAACACAGAAGAGCAAGUUCCUCUGCCUAUUAACAUCAUCAGAGUUCUUGAAGAAAUAAUUACCGAAAGUUCUCUCACUCAAAUAUGCGAUGCUGUGAGGAUAUUAACUCAUUCAAUCAAUUUUCUUGCAAAGGUAAAAUGUGACUGCUCUCGUUCACUUCUGGAAUAUUUGAGGAAGGAUUUGUUGUUUUAUGCUGACACGAAUUUGUUGCCAAAUUCAACUGAAAUUCGUCACACUUUAUCUCUCUACCAGUAUCUAACGUGGAAAAAAUUCGUACAUUUUGUUCAAAUUGGCAUAAAUCCGUAUCAAGAGGCUCUUUCUGGUGUCAAGCAAGAAAGUAUUCCUGAUAAGUUACAAGACGAAUUAUUGGAAGCUUUUGAAACCAUGAAUGUUGGUGUUCUACAGCAGCAAAUUAAUGAGCUUUUGAUACAAGCAAAUGAUUUGAAAUAUUGGGCAGAUUACAGCCUUGUGGAAGAUAUCCUGCCUUACCAUGAUUUUAUUGGAAAUGAAGAAAGUACAGAUUCAAGAUUCGAGAAAAUGUCGAAAGAUAUUUGCUUCAAGCACAUAUCACACCUCUUCGAACUUACUGUACGGUUCGCAAAGUAGAUAUUUUGUUCCUUGUCAAUCUACAGCAUCGUAACACUGUUCUCGUAAAUUUCUUGUGAAUAAUUGUCAAAAAGCAUCGACAAACCGCAUGAAUGAAUUUGUAUUCAAUUGCAAUACUGUAUGCAAUUGAACAUUGUUGUAAUUCUGCGGAGGCCACUAUAUAUCAGAUCGUGUUGCCACAGUUAUUUAGUAUUUUUCAUUAGUGUGCUUUGAGAAAAUGAAAUGUUAUUUCUCCGCAAGAAAAUUUAAUUAAUUAGUCAUUAGUGUAUCAAUUCAGUGUAUUAGUUCAUAGAUUAGCAUAUAUAUUAUUAUCCCCAUUUUAACUUUAUGUAUAUACCAAAUCAGACAUAUUUCAUAAUGCUCAUCUUUCCUAUUAUUCCCAUUUCAACUGUAUGUAUAUAUGUAAUUUUAUGUAUAUGUAACUAUUAUGUAUCAGACUGAUUUUCAUAAUGUUUAUCUUUGCUAUUAUCCCCAUUUUAACUUUAUGUAUAUACCAAAUUAGACUGAUAUUCAUAAUGCUCUGAAAUCACCAAUAGCAAUGAUUUUUCGUAUGUUCAAUGUAAAUGUAUUACUAUCAUUAUAUAGCUUCACGUGAUGAGCCAAUGGGGCACCUGGGUAUAGGCUAUUAUGUGUUUGUAUGAAUUAAUAUGUGCGGGUUCCGUUCAAUGUUCCGUUUUUUCUUCUGAUUACCACUGCUUACUACAGGGGUCGGCAACCUACGGCCAGCGGGCCGGAUCCGGCCCGCGGAGUGAUAUAAUCCGGUCCGCGGCGCUUCACUGAAUUAUAGAAACAAAACAGCCGUUUUGACGAUUACAUUC